AUCGUUGUUAACCUCGGAGCAGCCUGGCUCGGGCUGCAGAACAGAGCUCACCCCUGGGCUGGUCGCCGUGGGUUGAUGCAGGGAGAGGGUGCAGGUGUUGGUCGCUCAGCAGGUCAUGUCAGUUCAUCCAGAUCUUCACCAGCACUAUGUGCAGACCUGCCAAAACUUGGGCCAAUCUGAAAACCCCUUCAUUGCUCAUGUGCUUCAAGAAGCUGAAAAAAAUUAUAAAAUGGGACGGACAAAAGGGAUCACACUAAAAAUAGCUGGAAAUAAUCGUCUGGUGCCUGUGCAGAGAGUUACAGAUGACAAUCUUCAAGUUCUUACCUCUGUCUUACAGAAUACUGGAUUUGUCACAGGUUUGGAUUUUAGAUGUAAUGUAUUGACUGAUGCUGGAGCAAAGCACAUGGCAACAUUCCUCCAGGAAAACUCCACUCUGCAGUACCUUAACCUGAUGUUUAAUGAUAUUGGCACAAGUGGAGCAGAGCUGAUAGCGAGAGCACUCCAUAGGAAUGAAACUCUUGUGUAUUUGAGAAUGACUGGAAACAAAAUAGGAAACAAAGGUGGGAUGUUUUUUGCUUCAAUGCUACAAAUUAAUUCAACCUUAGAGAAGCUGGAUCUUGGAGACUGUGAUAUGGGUACGCAGUGUCUCAUAGCAAUAGCAACAGCCCUGACUCAGAACAAAUCAGUCAAAGCAAUAAACCUAAAUCGUCCUUUAUUGUACAGCCAAGAGGAGGAGACCACAAUUCACGUAGCUCUGAUGUUGAAAAAGAACUCUUCUCUUGUGGAACUACAUUUGUGCAAGCACGAAAUGAAAAACUUUGGCGUGGAGCGACUGUGUGAGGCAUUGUAUGAAAAUUCCAGCCUGAGAUACCUUGAUCUUAGCUGUAAUAAAAUAACCUGUGAUGGUGUAAAAUUUUUGGGAGAACUACUGAAACGGAACCAAACCCUGGAAAUCCUUGAUCUUAGUGCAAACAGAAUAGAAGAUGAUGGAGCCAUCUACCUGAGUGAGGCCUUGGCUUUGUACAAGACGACUCUUCAGGCGUUGUCAGUAGUAAGCAACAAUAUCAGUGGCAAAGGACUUGUAGCUCUUUCAGAUGCAAUGAAAACAAACACAGAACUUUCCUAUAUUUACAUUUGGGGGAACAAAUUUGAUGAAGCCACCUGUAUGGCAUUUUCAGAAUUAAUUCAGACAGGCCACUUGAAGCCUAAUUGUACAGAUGUGGAACCGUAUGAAGUGGAUGGGUGCAUUCACCUUGCAGAGCUCUCCCAUGGCCUUAAGAAGCAUUACUACUGGACACCGAGUUGUGGGGAGGCAACGAACAAAGACGCAAAUGCCAGCCUGGCAAUUGUAGCUGUUUCAGAAUUCUUGUGAGGCAGCAGCUUGAUGCGCUCUGUGUGCUUGAGCUUUCCUAUCUGGUUUCUAGUAAAAUAGAUGAUAGCAGUAUCAGACUUGCUGUAUGUUGAUUCUUCAGGGUCUUUAUAGUCUAGAAGGAAUCUAAACUUGCUUGAAAUGGCAUUAAAGAUAAAAUAUCAAACCAAUGACUUUAAAAUUUGAUGCUAAAUAACACCCAAUCUAUUAACAGCCCAUUCAUAUGAAAAUGCAUUAAUUUUGCUGCAGUCAUUUCUAUUGCACACUCUCCGUAGCUGUAGUUCCAGGGUUCCUAGGUGAUGGAUAAAUUUAGUGAAGUGACAUGCUCAGAGGAAAACAUUUUGUCCACGGCAUAGCACACCAAGAGUGACACUAGGUAUUGUUAGCAGUAAUGGGGAGUAAAAGUCACUGACCAGAGGCAUGCAAGGAGUUUAGACUGCAGCAGUGCAGAUGUAUGAACUGAACUCCUAGCAGCUGAACUAUUCCCCUCUACUUAGGAGAUCUCAGAUCAGGACUCUUAUCAAGUGCUUCUUAUUUAAAAAAAGAUGCAGGGGCUGGAUCAGAGCAGCAGCAGAGCCAAUGGAUGGAGUGUCGGGACCACAGGGUCCUCUUCUACAGGGCUGCUGCAGAGGAAGAGCUGCCAUUGCCCUUCCUGGGCUGCGGACUCUGCAGUCAGGUUUCCACGUAGCAGGAAGAGAGAACCCACAGGUAACGUUAUUGUGUCUCUGGGGGCUGGAGUACAGCCAGGCAGAUUAAACUGAAAAAAACUUACACCCAGGACUGCCGCUGAGCAGCAGCUUUGCUUGACAGCAAAUCAGAUACGCUGUAGAACAAGGUUCUUGUUGAAGCUAAUAGAGGUUUGGGUCAACCCAUUUGUUGCUACUGUGCUCUAUAUAUUCUUCUCCUUUUACUUCGUAAUUGCCUGCUUUGAUCUUUCUCCAAGACUGACUUUUUUUUUUUUUCCCCCACUUAAGCAUUAAGCCACUAUACUGCUGGAACUUUAAAGCUAGUGAACCUAGUUUACUGGGGUAGAAAUGGUAUUUUGAUUAACUUGCAGCAUGUACUUGUUUCUUGUACUACAAAUGAAAACCACCACCACC